AUGGAACCACUUCCCCGGGGCUUAGGAGGGGCCCGGAGCGGGGACAGGGUGGAUCCUGGGAUGCAGCAGAGCCACCCAGGAGUGGGCAGGACAUGUCAUUGAGCAGCCGCUGUGUGCCAGGCACUGUGUCAAACCCUGUCUAUAUCUUCUGCGAAGCUGUUAUUAUUCCCAUUUUACAGACAGGGGAACGGAGCCCAGAGCAGCUGGCUGACUUACCCAGGGCCCUACGGCUAACCAAGUGUCAGAGCCAGUGUCCGACCUCAGGACCAGAACUUGGGUCCCUUCCUCCUCCCAGGAGCUGCUUGGAGAUGCUGCUGCUGCUGCUGUUCCUUCUCCUGCUGCUGCUGCUGCCACUGCUGGCCGUGCUCUGGCAGCGGCAGCCCCAAGAUGCCAGGCUGUCCUGGCUUGCUAGCCUCCAGCACUGUGUGACAGCAGGGACCCUGUGCUGGGCGGCCGCCUGGCAGCAGCGGAGACUAGAACAGAGCACACUGCACGCGGGCCAGAGCCAGCAGCAGGCCCUGAAGUGGUGUCUGCAGGGAGCCCAGGGGCCCCGCGGUCCCCUCAGGGGGAACACAGAUAUAAGCACCUUCCGGAACCAUCUCCCACUGACCAAGGCCAGCCAGGCCCAAGAGGAAGAAAGUGAGGGGCAGCUCUCGCCUCCUACCUCAACCCAGUACUACGGAGAGGCCUCUCUGCAGGCCACCUUGCUGGGUCUGGCAGCCCUAAACAAGGCCUAUCCAGAAGUGCUGGCUCCGGGAGGCACCGCCUGUGUGACCCCUACGUCCCCCUGGCCCUGCCCUCUCCCCUGGCCUUGGCGUGCCUUGGGCCAGGUUAGCGCCCCUGGAGCCAAGCACCCUGGGGCCCUGCUGCUGAAGGCACUGAGGUCCCCAGGGCUGCGGGCACUGGAAGGUGGGACAGCGGCCGAACUCCUGGACGUCUUUGUGGGCCUGGAGGCGGAUGGCGAAGAGCUAGCUGAGACAAUAGCUGCCGGGAACCCGGGGGUGCCUCUCCCCAGACGGGCAACUGAGUUGCGGGAGGCCCUAGAGCAGGGGCCCCGAGGACUGGCCCUUCGGCUCUGGCCGAAGCUACAAGUGGUGGUGACUCUGGACGCAGGAGGCCAGGCCGAGGCUGUGGCUGCCCUGGAGGCAUUGUGGUGCCAAGGGCUAGCCUUCUUCUCCCCGGCUUACUCUGCCUCUGGAGGGGUGGUGGGCCUGAACCUGUGGCCAGAGCAGCCCCGCGGGCUCUACCUUCUGCCCCCUGGAGCUCCUUUUAUUGAGCUGCUCCCAGUCAACAAAGGAGCCCAGGAAGAGGCUGCCUCUACCGUCCUGCUGGCCGAGGCCCAGAAGGGCAAGGAGUAUGAGCUGGUGCUGACCGACCACAACAGCCUUACCAGGUGCUGCCUGGGUGAUGUGGUACAGGUGGUUGGUGCCUACAAUCGGUGUCCAGUCGUCAGGUUCGUCUGCAGGCUGGGCCAGGCCCUGAGUGUGAGAGGAGAAGACAUUCGAGAGGAUGUGUUCUCUGAGGCCCUGGGCCGGGCUGUCGGGCAGUGGCCAGGGGCGAAACUGUUAGACCACAGCUGUGUGGAGAGCAGCAUUCUGGAUUCCUCCGAGGGCUCGGCUCCCCACUAUGAGGUGUUUGUGGCGCUGAGGGGCCUGAGAAACCUGUCAGAGGAAAAUCGAGACAAGGCUGGCUUCCCCCACCUUCAGCUCUGGACACCAAGGCUUUCCCCCCACACUCCACUCCAGGUUGGGGUAGGUCUUGGGGACCCCUACCAUGGCCUAGGUCAACCCAGAAGACCCAGAGCCCACUCCUCCUCCCUCUCUCCACUCCAAGCUUACCGUAAAUGGGGAAGGACUGCUCCUCAACUUAGCUGGCUUAGCACAGGUGCCUGUCUGGCCCAAUACCCACAAAUCACCUCCAUGGGCAGGGGCUAUACUGCAAGUCAGGAAGUAUCACAACAGGAAGCAAUCUCAGAGACCAUUUGGGUUAACUGCCCAUCUUAGCAGUGGGGAAACUGAGGCUUCCUGAGGCUGUGAGGCUUGCCCAAGGCCCCACAAGCUCCUGUUAAGUAACACAGUCCCUGUUCCUGAUCAGUUGCCAAGUCACCAGUUCUACCUCUGAAUUACUGCUGGAUUCCAUGCCCCACAUCCAGGCCACCCAAUCCCCCAUCAACCCCACAACUUCUUCCUGCUAAAACCCUCCUGUGGCUCCCCAGUGGCCACAGGAUUCAGACCAAUCAGCUUAGCCUGCAAGACCCUUUGACCCACCCUGGCCCUCACUUACCUGUCCAGCCACCUCUCCCCUGAGAAGGAAGCCACAGCUAUGAUGACCACACCCUACUAUCCUGCAUGAGCUAAGCACUGUCACCUCCAGGUCUCUGCUCAAGCUGUGCCUUCUGUGGAAUGCCUCCUCCCCAGUCUUAGCUGAUGGAAAUCUACUUGGCAUGCAAGGCCUUUUGGGGGUCCUUUCUCCCACGAAGCUAUCAUUAUGCUAGGUUGCCUCCCCACCUGGACUUUGGAGCUCCUGGAAAAUUGGGCCAUGUCUGAUGCACACUGUCCCUCCAGUGCUGUGCAGGGCCUGGCUGAGAGCAGGUGCAUAAUGGACAUGCCCUGAAUAAAAGAGACUCUGGCUUGGAGAUGGCGCGGUCCUCUCCGCCCCGGGUCGUUCACUCUCUCCUAUGGUGGGAUUGGGACUCUAUCCCCUACUCCAGGCCACCUGAACAGGAGGGAAACUGGGCAGGUCCAAGAACAACACCAGGUUUGGCUGUUUCCUCCCCCUACCCAGGCUGAGUUUUCAAGCUUUUCCCCCUUGGAGGUUCGUGGAAGGGGCAGAGGGAAGGAGAGAACUGGGGGAAGGGAGAGGUGUAAGAAGACUUUUCCAUUAAGGAAGAGGGCCGUGGAACCUGACAGACCCCAGGGACAGCAACAGGGAGCUAGGCCUGCUGCCUAGCUGCCCUCCCCCCACCACAUACACCAUGUGGAGAGUGGGUCUCACAGCUGCCUUCUCUCCGGCCCUAAUUAGCAGUUGCCCCCCCCCCACCCGCCCCAAACACACAUACAUUGUCCCAGGCCAGCGCCCCAGCCAGGGCCUCUUUUGUGCUCCCAGAUUCCUGGGUGCAAGGUGGCCUCAUUAAUGCCCGGAGACCGCCCCAUCUCCAGGGAGCAGGCAGACAGACAAGGGGGGGACCCUGGGCACAGUGAUCGAACUCCCGCUUCUGAGAGCCUUGGCGGCCAUUCUUUGGGCCCAACCUGGAGACGGCUGCCCUGUGGGAGGCUAAUCUUAGACUUGCCUUUGUCU